AUGGCAGCCCAGAAAGACGCCCCGGCGGCCGGCAAGUUAUGGGGAGGUAGAUUCACCGGUGGGACUGAUCCCAUCAUGGUGCAAUACAACGAAUCCAUCUACUUCGACCGGGCCUUUUAUUCUCAAGACAUCCGUGGCAGCGUAGCAUUCGCUCGAGCCAACCAAAAGACCGGCCUCUUGACCGAGCAAGAAUUCAACGAGAUCGAACGCGGGUUCAAACAAGUCCUCAAGGAAUGGGAAGAUGGGACCUUCACCAUCCAACCCGGCGUCGAUGAAGACAUCCACACUGCGAACGAACGUCGGUUAGGCGAGAUCAUCGGCACGGCCAUUGCAGGGAAAUUACACACCGGCCGGAGCCGCAACGAUCAAGUCGCGACCGAUAUGCGACUGUGGCUCCGAGACCAGCUGGAGAUCCUCGAAGGCUAUCUCAUCGCUCUCCUCAAAGUCGUAGCGGCUCGCGCCGAAAAGGAGAUUGACCAUGUCAUGCCCGGCUACACCCAUCUCCAGCGUGCUCAACCCAUCCGAUGGUCUCACUGGAUGCUCCUUUACGGGUCCUUUUUCGCCUCCGACCUCGAGCGUCUGCGACAAGUCCGCGCACGCAUCAACAAAUCUCCUCUAGGCUGCGGUGCGCUAGCCGGCAACCCCUUUGACAUCGACCGUGACGCCAUGGCCGCCGAGCUCGGAUUCGACGGCCUCAUCAUGAACAGCAUGGCGGGCGUCGGUGAUCGCGACUUCGUUGUUGAGACCAUGCAAUGGGGUUCCACGCUGAUGAUGCACCUCUCCCGCUGGGCCGAAGACCUCAUCAUCUACAGCACCGGCGAAUUCUCCUUUGUCAAACUCGCCGACACCUACAGCACCGGCUCCUCCCUCAUGCCGCAGAAGAAAAACCCGGACUCCCUCGAACUCAUCCGCGGGAAAUCCGGCCGCGCCUUCGGCCACAUGACGGGUCUGAUGAUGAGCAUCAAGGGCAUCCCGUCGACCUACAACAAGGACCUGCAGGAAUCCGUCGAGCCGCUCCUCGACCACGUCAAGACCGUCGGCGACAGCAUCCAGAUUGCCACCGGCGUCCUCUCCACCCUGUCCAUCUUCCCGGAGAACAUGCUCCGCAGCCUCUCCCCGGACAUGCUGGCCACGGACCUGGCGGAUUACCUCGUCCGCAAGGGUGUGCCGUUCCGCGAGACUCACCACAUCUCCGGCCGCGUCGUGGCCCUGGCGGAGAAGGAGGGCCGGCCGAUGGACCAGUUGACGUUUGAGCAGUUGCGAGGAGUGGAUGCCAGGUUUGAGCAGGAUGUGCUUGGCGUGUUUGAUUAUCAGAAGAGUGUCGAGAUGCGCUCGGCGAAAGGCGGCACGAGUAAGAGUGCGGUCUUGGAGCAGAUUGAGGCGGUCAAGAAGAUUCUGGCAGCCAACUAG